AUGAGAGAGCAGGGCACAGCGGAAGGCUCAGGGCAGCGGCCGGAGCACGCGGAGCCCCGCGGCGUCACAACCGGCACCACUGUGAUGUCGCCGGCCACCGCGGAGUGGAACCGGGGCGGGCGCUGCCACGACCCCACGAGCCUCCCCUGUACGACCCCAGCAGCGCUCGCUGCCAUGGGCAGCCUCACGGAGCAGGCAGAGAUCAAGCAAGCGCAAACCAACCUGGAGAACCAGAUCUUGAUGGUGGCCUCCGACAGCCUCAAGCACAAAGCGAGGGUGAUCCACCUCACGAAAGUGGUAGAGCGGGCACGAGAGGAGGUGAACCGGGGCUUCGCCGAGAUCCUGCAGGAGCUCCGGCAGCUCCACAGGAACUUGCUGGGCUUCCUCGACCAAGAGGAGCACGCGGCCCUGCUCCGCUUGGGCGACUCCAUCCAGGAGCGGCAGGAGAAGCUGGAGCAGCUCCGCAAACAGGACACGUGGCUCACGGGGCUGCUCGAGGAGGCCAGCGAGGAGCAGCUCCGGCAGGAAUUCCCCAAGGUUAAGGAGACAGCAGCCUGCAGCAAGCCCGUCCUCAGCCCCAAGUGCGAGGAGUCCUCGAGCUUCAUGGGCCUCAAGCAGAGCCUCAGCGAGCUGAAGACACAGGUGGCAGCAGUUGGUCUCUGCUUUGUCAAGAAAAUUGGUGGGAAAGGAAUCACAAUGCUGAACAAUGAAGUUGUACCUGCAGAUACAGACAGGAAGAGCCUCCUAAAAUAUUACUGCGAGCUCAACUGGGACACGAGCACGGCCAGCGAGGAGCUGCUGCUGCUGCAGGAGACGCGCUCGGCGCUCAACGUGUGCAUCCUGCUCGACGCCUUCGUCGCCUCCUGCCCGGGCUUCGGCUGCUGGCCCCAGGUGGCCUGUUCGCGGAGCCUCUGCGAGGGCCGCCACUACUGGGAGGCCGAGGUGUCCGACUCGUGGCUCUGCCUGGGCGCCACCUACAGCCGCCAGCGCCAGGCGGGCAAGAGCCACGUGUUCUACCUCAUGGGCAGGAACAGCGCCUCGUGGUGCCUCGAGUGGGACUCGCUGCAGCUCUCCGCCUGGCACGACAACGUCCAGACCACCCUCAAGGGCGGCUACUACCGCACCAUCGGCGUCUUCCUCGACUACGCCGCCGGCUCCUUGACUUUCUACGGCAUCACCAACACGCCCAACCUCAUCUACCGCUUCCUGGCCACCUUCACGGAGCCCCUGUACCCGGCCUUCAUGGUGAGCAGCGGCGGCUCCAUCACCUUGAAGCGACACCCCGAGUAG